GCUAUAAAAAUGCAUCAAUGCCUUGAACUCUCCAUCCCGUUACUAAUAAAUGGAAGAAACUCAGAAACACAGAGCCUUCCACGAGGAGAAGGGUCGAGAAGCCGAUGCCGGAGUUCUGUUUGUUCUUCAAUCCAAAGGGAAGUGGUGGCAUGCGGGGUAUCAUUUGACGACGGCGAUAGUAGGACCGCCGGUGCUGGCUCUGCCGUUCGCGUUCAGUGGGUUGGGGUGGGGACUAGGCUUCUUCAUCCUUACUGUCAUGGGACUCGUCACCUUCUACUCUUACUACCUUAUGUCUAAAGUCCUCGACCACUGCGAGUACCAUGGUCGCCGCCAUGUCCGUUUCCGUGAACUCGCCGCCGAUGUCUUUGGAUCAGGGUGGAUGUUUUAUUUCGUAAUAAUCAUUCAGACAGCUAUUAACACUGGAGUUGGCAUUGCUGCUAUAUUGCUCGCAGGGGACUGUGUUGAGGUAACCCUAGUCUUCAAUCCUUCAGGCUUAUAUUUGCCAUUUUUUUUUUAAUUCAUUUAAAUGAUUCAAUUAUUAUUAAUAGUGUGCAUCCUCUUGUCACAAGAUCAUGUUUUUCUCUUUGAAAUAUCAUAAUAUAUCUAAUUUGGUCAUGUGAGCAAAUGAUGUGUUCAUUCUGACUAUUAGAUAGAAGACAUGUCUAGAUUAAUCAUGUGUUG